AUGAUAAUGUUUGCACAGCUUUCAUAGUGUUCGUAGCUUUGUUUUCCUCAUCAGCUCUGGUAAGAUGUGUCGUUGGAUAAUUAAAAGAUGCACCACAAGGACUAUUUUAUGUGUUGCUAUGAUGACGUUGCUGGUUGCUGCCACUGCAUUCAGGAAAAACAUUAAAGAUUAUGCAUUCUCACAUAUCUAUGACUACACACCUGCAAAAGAAUGUCCACAUCAUACGGAUGUACGAGGGGAAACAAAAUCUGUUUCCCAGGGGAAUGCCAACCUCAGUGCGCUGCUCAAAAGUCUUCCAAACAGCGUAAAAGUUCCAUUAAAGAAAAUCAGCUUUGAUGUCAUGCUGAGAGACUACAAAAAGAAAUUAAAUGGUUUAAAAACAGCAGGACUGUGGAAGGCGAAUAAGGUUAAACCAUGUGAAAACGAAAAGGAACCAGGUAAAGCUUGUACGGAAUCUAGUUGUCCUCAGCCCAAAUCCACAACACCAAAUGAAAGCCUUAAGAGUGUCCUAUCCACCAUGUCAGGACUGAACAACGAGGAUCUCAGUCUCUUGAUGGGACUCUUCCCUGAACCCCAUUCCGGCAGGAGGAUAAUGUUCGUCACUGCUGCUUCCAGCGACCACUUCAAUGAGUCUCAGGCUCACAUCAAGAAUCUCCAUCAGAAGGUCUUCCCAGUGACUAAUAACUACACAUUUGUGUACUAUGAUCUAGGGUUGUUGUCAUGGCAACGAAAACAGCUGAAGAAACAUUGUCGUUGUGAGGUAAGAAGUUUUCCUUUGAAGCAUAUGCCGUGGAGAGUGCAGAAUCUCAUGUGCUACACAUGGAAGCCAAUCAUUGUGCAGGCGAACCUACCUAAGGCAGACUUAUUGGUAUGGAUGGACGCCUCCGUGAGAUUCUCAAACAACAAAGUCAUCAAUCCCCUGCUACAUGACGUGGAAAAACGUGGGAUUGUCAUCUACCCAGGUCGUUACUCGGUGGCACAGCACACACUGAAGGUUACAAUGAAGUACAUGAAAGAGGACAUCUGCAGCCUUGCUCCACUCGAUGAACUUCAAGCAACAUUCAUUGUGUUUAAGAACGAACUGUUGAUACGAGAGGCUGUUGUCAAACCCUGGGUGGCUUGUGCUUUAAGUCCCACGUGUAUGUGCAUCCGAAACCCACAUUUUGACUUGUCCUGCAAUGUUCGCAUGCACAAUUACAAUAAAUGUCAUCGAUUUGACCAGUCGGCUGUCUCUAUAAUUCUUAACAAACUAUUUCGGGGUCACACAGAUACAUUUACAUCGACAUAUGCUAUGGCGCCCCAAAUCUAUUUGAGACGCGGUCAUCGAGAGAAUUACUUUCACGAACUUGAACGAAAUGUCAGUAAAUAUAAAACAACGCAAUGAUCUCAGACAAGUGGUCAUAUCGUCUUAGUGUUUCAUGUACUGUAGAAGCAAUUGUCACAAAUUCAUGCAUGUUUCUUAGAGAGUACAUUUAAUGUAUCUAUUAAAUAAAUACACUUUGUCAGUAA